GAGCUUACAUUUUGGGUCCUUUUCAGCCAUUUUGUCGAUUGUGGCGUGUGCUUUUUGUCAGUAUCCUGCGUGGGUACCGUAGAGACACAUUCUUGAGGCCACAAUCAAACUUACCAUUGCCUGUAAUCCAUCAUGGCAGACAUAAAGAAUUUUUUAUAUGCUUGGUGCGGAAAGAAAAAGGUUGCACCAAAUUAUGAGUUUCGUGCAGCAGGGAACAAAAUGCGGCAGAAAUUUCUCUGUGAGGUUCGUGUGGAGGGCUUUGACUACACUGGAAUGGGCAAUUCUACCAACAAAAAAGACGCUCAGAGCAAUGCGGCCCGGGACUUUGUCAACUUCCUUGUUCGAUCUGGAGAUAUAAAUGCAGAUGAAGUGCCUGCAUUGGGGGCUGGCGGGAUUGAUGCUUUAGAUGGAGCUGUCCCAGAUCCUGAAGGGUUUGAGGGUGGUCCUGGAGCUCCACUUACCCCCAGUGCGAUUUUGAAGACUGAAGGUGGUUAUAAACCACCAAUAGGAGGAUAUGGUUCUACAGGCUAUGGGGGAGGUGCCACAUGGGAGCGUGGUGCUAACCUGAAAGAUUAUUAUGCUAAAAGGGAUGAACAAGAGGCUAACGCUACCCUAGAGUCUGAAGAAGUAGACUUGAAUGCAGGUUUACAUGGAAACUGGACCCUUGAAAAUGCGAAAGCACGGCUCAACCAGUACUUCCAGAAGGAAAAGACUACAGGCGAAUACAAAUACUCACAAGUAGGCCCUGAUCACAACAGGAGCUUUAUUGCAGAAAUGACACUGAUGGUUAAGCAGCUUGGCAGAAGAAUCACUGCUCGUGAACAUGGUUCCAACAAAAAAUUGGCAGCCCAGUCUUGUGCUCUAUCAAUUGUGCGCCAACUCUACCAUCUUGGUGUGAUCGAGCCAUAUUCAGGACUGACCAAGAAGAAAGAUGGAGAGAUUAUUGAACCAUACCCAGUGGAAUUAAGUCCUGAUGUUGAGAAGCAGCUGCAAACUGUAAUUGAAGAGCUAUGCAUUGAACUACCUGAGCCGCCCCAGGAUCCUACCCAACCAGUCUGUCUUAAUCUUGGAAAGUUGGUACAUUUCGAGCCAUCGCAACGACAGACUAAGACAGGGGUGGUACCUUGGUCACCUCCACAGGCGAACUGGAAUCCAUGGACCAGCAGUAACAUUGACGAAGGCCCUCUGGCUUAUGUUACUCCGGAACAGGUUAGCUCAGACUUGAAAAAUGCGAUGACAUACCAGUUGGAGCAUGAUGCAAAUCUUCAACAGACUCUGCAAGAGCGAGAAACCCUUCCUGUAAAACAAUUUGAGAAAGAAAUCCUUAAUACUAUUCGCAUUGCCCCUGUGAUAAUCAUUCGCGGAGCCACAGGUUGUGGCAAAACAACACAAGUUCCACAGUAUAUCUUGGAUGAGUUUAUCCGCAACGGACGUGCAGCUGAAUGUAACAUCGUGGUUACACAGCCUAGAAGGAUCAGUGCUGUAUCUGUUGCUGAACGUGUUGCCUUUGAGAGGGGAGAAGAUAUUGGGACAAGUUGUGGCUACAGUGUGAGAUUUGAAUCUGUUCUUCCUCGUCCUCAUGCCAGUAUUCUUUUCUGCACUGUUGGUGUUCUCUUGCGAAAACUAGAGGCUGGUAUUAGAGGAAUUAGCCAUGUGAUUGUGGAUGAAAUCCAUGAGCGAGAUCUCAAUACUGACUUUCUCUUGGUAGUACUACGUGAUGUGGUCCAGGCUUACCCUGACAUACGUGUCGUUCUAAUGUCUGCCACUAUUGACACAAGCAUGUUCUGUGAAUACUUCUUUAACUGCCGCAUUAUUGAAGUUUUUGGGCGGACAUUUCCUGUGGAAGAGUAUUUCCUUGAAGACUGUAUACAGAUGACUCGUUUUGUGCCUCCACCACGUGACAAGAAGAAAAAGGAGAAAGAUGAGGAUGGAGCAGAUGAAGAUGAUACCAACUGUAAUAUAAUAUGCCUUGGCGAUUAUGGGCCUGAAACUCGCAAAUCUAUGGCAGGUCUUAGUGAGAAGGAGACUUCCUUCGAACUCAUUGAAGCUUUGCUGCACUAUAUUGAGUCACUUGGAACCCCGGGAGCUGUGCUGGUCUUUCUGGCUGGCUGGAAUCUUAUUUACACCAUGCAAAAACAACUUGAGGCAAACCCACAUUUUGGUAGCCACAGCUAUCGCAUUCUGCCUCUCCAUUCUCAAAUACCACGAGAAGAACAACGUCGGGUGUUUGAUCCUGCUCCCCCAGGUAUAACCAAGGUUAUCCUAUCAACUAAUAUUGCAGAAACCAGUAUCACUAUCAAUGAUGUGGUGUAUGUGAUAGAUUCCUGCAAGCAAAAAGUAAAGCUAUUCACUUCACACAACAACAUGACAAACUUUGCUACGGUGUGGGCUUCCAAGACUAACCUGGAGCAGCGCAAAGGGAGGGCAGGGCGUGUCCGGGCUGGCUUUUGUUUCCAUUUGUGCAGCAAAGCACGUUUUGAUCGCUUGGAAAGCCACCUUACCCCGGAGAUAUUCCGUACCCCAUUGCAUGAGGUGGCUUUGAGUAUAAAACUUCUACGCUUGGGCAGUAUUGGGCAAUUUCUAUCAAAAGCUAUAGAACCACCUCCAUUGGAUGCAGUUAUUGAAGCUGAACACACUUUGCGAGAGUUGGAUGCAUUAGACGUCAAUGAUGAGCUUACACCACUAGGCAGGAUACUGGCCAAACUGCCUAUUGAACCACGACUGGGAAAGAUGAUGAUUAUGGGCUGCAUUUUUUUUGUUGGUGAUGCAGUGUGCACAAUUUCUGCUGCUAGCUGUUUUCCUGAGCCAUUCGUCACUGAAGGGCGUAGGUUAGGAUACGUGCACAGAAACUUUUCUGGAAGCCGUUUCUCUGACCAUGUGGCACUGUUGUCAGUGUUUCAGGCUUGGGAUGAUGCAAGGAUGGGUGGUGAAGAUGCCGAAAUGAGAUUCUGUGAACACAAGCGGCUUAAUAUUGCCACACUUCGCAUGACUUGGGAAGCAAAAGUACAGCUGAAGGACAUUCUAGUAAAUGUUGGCUUCCCAGAAGAAUGUUUGAUGAACCAGGUUUUCAAUAACACUGGACCAGAUAACAACCUGGAUGUAGUUAUCUCUCUGCUGGCAUUUGGAUUUUACCCUAAUGUUUGUUACCACAAGGAGAAGCGCAAGAUUCUUACUACGGAGGGUCGUAAUGCACUUAUACACAAGUCUUCUGUCAAUUGCCCUUUCAGCAACCAAGAUCAGAAAUAUCCAUCUCCAUUUUUUAUCUUCACUGAGAAGAUCCGUACCAGAGCGAUUUCUGCCAAGGGAAUGACCUUAGUUACGCCAUUACAGCUACUUCUUUUUAGUGCCAAAAAAAUCAUGUCAGAAGGGGAGAGCGUAUUUCUAGAUGACUGGAUCAAACUUGUGAUUCCCCAUUAUAAUGCUGCGUGUAUCACCGGAUUGAGAGCUGCGUUGGAAGCCCUUGUGGUGGAAGUGACAAAGGAACCAGAGAUCUUAUCUCAGUUGGAUCCAAUAAAUGAAAGGAUGUUAAAUGUGAUUAGGCUGAUAUCAAAGCCUUCCACUGCAGGAAUUAAUCUUAUGAUGGGAAAUUCCAGAUUUGGAGAUGGGCCACGUCCACCUAAAAUGGCUCGAUUUGACAGUGGCUAUCAAGGUGGCUAUAAUUCCAGAGGUGGAGGCUCUGGAUAUAGAUCAGGCUCUGGAUAUAGAGGAUUUAGAGGUGGUGGUGGUGGUGGAGGAAACUGGAGCGGCAACCAAGGAGUUGGUGGAUACCGAGGCAACCAGAGAGGUGGUGGAUACCAGAGAGGUGGCUACCAAAGCGGCAAUCAAAGAGGCGGUUACCAGGGAAACAGUCAGGGAGGAGGAUACCAAAGGGGGGGUGGCUACCAAAGAGGUGGUGGUGGUGGUGGUGGUUAUGGGGGAAACUCUCAAGGAAGAGGUGGCUUUGGGGGAUCAUUCUGAGGACUUCUGUGCACAUAUUUUUUUUUUAUACAGGAAUGUUCAUUGCAUGGUAAUGCUAUAGCAAAUAUUGUUAAAGUAAUGUACAAAUAUUAUGGAACUGUUCAAAUAUGUGAUGGAGCUUUUGGCUCUGUAGGUCUGUCCCUAAUAAAGUUAUUUUUUUUGUUUUUAA